AGAGAAUUUGGGGGUGGUUUGUGUUGGGUCAGGCCUGUGAUUGGACUGCAGAGUCCACUAGGGAGGAGGAAAGCAGAAGUGAAACACAAAGAGCCAAGGAAAGGGGGGAAGCCCUCCCCACCCUCACCCCCACCCCAAUGCACGCUCACCCAGGCCUGCAAGAGGGUGCAGCCACUAGCCUGGAGAGGAUCAGUGUGUGUGAAGGGUGAUGGUAACAGAUGGACCCAAGGAGCCCUCUACCCCAAGUCGACCUGCAAGGCCUCCAGGGACGGGCUUGCCAACAGCUGGACUUGAUCACCGGCUUGCAAAGUGAGAUCACGCAUCUGGUGGAAUAACAAGCAGGCUUGGCUCUCUGGCUGUUUUUAGAGGAUUUUCACGGCAGUGGCUGGAAAGCAGGAGACCACCACCUGGACCCUUGGGUUUUCUUAGAGAGCACAGCAGAGGAGACUCCACCCCUGGGAGGUUUGCAGGACAAUGAUGGCCCUUUGGCGAGCUUCUGCUGUCCUGGUUCUGUUCCUGGUGGCUCUUCUGCCUCCACCCCAGUGCGCCCAGGACCCGGGCAUGGUGCACUACAUCUACCAGCGCUUUCAAGUCUUGGAGGAGAAGGAGGAGACCGAGGGGAAAGGAGUCAUGGCUUCGGAUGCCAGUCACGCUCUGGAAGCUGCUCUGGAGCAAAUGGACGGGAUCAUCGCAGGCACUAAAACAGGUGCCGAUAUCCAUGAUGGGAGCUGUGAGCCUGCGCUGGCCUCCCUGGCCUCCCACACGAACCCCUUUCCAGUGCUCCAUCUCAUUGAGGACUUGAGAUUGGCCCUGGAGAUGCUGGAGCAGCCUCAGGAGAGAGCAGCCCUCCUGAGCCAGAUCCCGGGCCCCACAGCUGCCUACAUAAAGGAGAGCUUGUCUCAGGUAAAUCACCAAGGUGCUGCUAGUAAUGAAACGUACCAGGAACGCUUGGCACGUCUAGAAGGAGAUAAGGAGUCCCUCAUUUUACAGGUGAGUGUCCUCACGGACCAAGUGGAAGCCCAGGGAGAGAAGAUUCGGGACCUGGAAGUGUGUCUGGAAGGACACCAGGUGAAACUCAAUGCCGCUGAAGAGAUGCUUCAACAGGAGCUGCUAAGCCGCACAUCUCUUGAGACCCAGAAGCUCGACCUGAUGACUGAAGUUUCUGAGCUGAAGCUCAAGCUGGUUGGCAUGGAAAAGGAGCAGAGAGAGCAAGAGGAGAAGCAGAGAAAAGCGGAGUCAGUUCUGAAUGUGAUCAGUGAGCUGCAGGAGCAGAUGUGUAGGCUGCAGCUGGACAUCCACAGGCAGAUCCAAGAGCGCCUCUUACUCAGUAGGGGCUACCCAGAGGAGGUGGCGCCCGGUGACGGUGCUGCCGAGCCCCCGCCCUGCAGCCAGGAUUGUGCCUGUUGGGAGGGGUCACCUGAGUUACUGCAAGAGCUCAAGCACCUCAAAAUCAAGGUGGAAGAGUUGGAGAAUGAACGGAAUCAGUAUGAGUGGAAGCUGAAGGCCACUAAGGCUGAGGUCGCCCAGCUGCAAGAGCAGGUGGCCCUGAAGGAUGCAGAAAUUGAGCGUCUGCACAGCCAGCUCUCCCGGACUGCAGCCCUCCACAGUGACCAUGCAGAGAAAGACCAAGAAAUUCAACGUCUGAAAAUGGGGAUGGAAACUUUGCUUGUUGCCAAUGAGGAUAAGGACCGUCGGAUAGAGGAGCUCACAGGGCUGCUAAACCAGUACCGACAGGUGAAGGAGAGGAUGAUGGCAACUCAAGGGCCUUCCGAAAGAACUCUCUCAAUCAAUGAAGAAGAACUUGAGGGAAGUUUCAGAAAGUGGAACACUGCGAAUAAAGGCCCUGAAGAAUUACUUAAACCAGAGAUGCCUCCAAGAUGUAGCUCUCCCACCGUGGGGCCACCUCCACUACCACAGAAAUCACUGGAAACCAGAGCUCAGAAAAAACUCUCGUGUAGCCUAGAAGACCUGAGAAGUGAACCUGUGGACAAGUGUGUCAAUGGGAACCAGCUCCCAGGGGUAGAAGCCAAGGACAGCCCUUUCCUGGUGGAUCACAAAUACCCCACAUUCCCUGGGAAGCCUUCAGGAGCUACGCCCAAUGGAGCGGCUGCCAAGUCGACUCCCACUGCCCCCCAACCGGAGCCCACAGGGAGCAGCCUGCCAAGGCUGAAUCGUGGCCGGAGUGUCAGUGCCCCCAUAUUAGGAGACACAGAAAGUGGUUGGGAUGACACUGUCGUGGCCAAUGACCUCUCAUCCACGUCAUCGGGCACUGACUCAAGCCCCCAGUCUCCCCUGACGCCAGAUGGUAAACGGAGCCCCAAAGGCAUCAGGAAGUUCUGGGGAAAGAUCCGAAGAACUCAGUCCGGGAACUUUAACACCGAUGCCCCAGGGAUGGCAGAAUUUCGACGAGGUGGGCUGCGGGCAACUGCAGGGCCGAGGCUCUCCAGGACCAGAGACCCCAAGGGUCAGAAAUGUGACGCCAGUGCCCCCUUUGCCCAGUGGAGCACCGAGCGCGUGUGUGCAUGGCUGGAGGACUUCGGUCUGGGCCAGUAUGUGAUCUUUGCCCGGCAGUGGGUGACUUCUGGCCACACUUUACUGUCAGCUACCCCUCAGGACAUGGAAAAGGAGUUGGGAAUUAAGCAGCCUCUGCACAGGAAGAAGCUGAUUUUAGCUGUGAAAGCCAUCAACACCAAGCAGGAGGAGAAGUCUGCCCUGCUGGACCACAUCUGGGUGACACGUUGGCUUGAUGAUAUUGGCUUACCACAAUACAAAGACCAGUUUCAUGAGUCCAGAGUCGAUGGGCGAAUGCUACAGUACCUAACUGUGAAUGAUCUCCUCUUCUUAAAGGUUACCAGCCAACUACAUCAUCUCAGUAUCAAAUGUGCCAUUCAUGUGCUGCAUGUCAACAACUUCAACCCCCACUGCCUACACCGGCGGCCAGCUGAUGAGAGUAACCUUUCUCCUUCAGAAGUUGUGCAGUGGUCCAACCACAGGGUGAUGGAGUGGUUGCGAUCUGUGGACCUGGCGGAGUACGCACCCAACCUUCGUGGGAGUGGUGUCCACGGAGGCCUCAUCAUCCUGGAGCCACGCUUCACUGGGGACACCCUAGCUAUGCUUCUCAAUAUUCCACCACAAAAGACGCUCCUCAGACGCCACUUAACCACCAAAUUCAAUGCCCUGAUUGGUCCUGAGGCUGAGCAAGAAAAGCGAGAGAAAAUAGCCUCACCAGCAUACAUGCCGCUGACCACCACAGCCAAAGUCCGGCCAAGGAAACUAGGAUUUUCGCAUUUUGGAAACAUAAGAAGAAAGAAAUUCGAUGAGUCGACGGACUACCUUUGCCCCAUGGAGCCCAGUGACAGUGCUGGUGACAGUUCCAGGGCCUACAGUGGCUACCGGGGCCUCAGCCCCCUCGAUGCCCCUGAACUGGACGGGCUGGACCAGAUGGCCCCUUCGGAAGGCACUGUGACGCAGAUAGGGCUCCUCUCCCAAGACAUUCACCGCCUCACGACUCUGCUGAGCCAGGACCAGCUGCUGAGCGACUCUCGCCUGGCCGCUCCCAGCCCUGAGGACUGGAGGUGACUUUCUUCGUGGCCGAGAGCCCAGAGAGCCACGCGUGGGGGCCCCGGGUCUUUGCGUCGGGGAGCUGGCGUGGCCGCCCGCAGAGCCCAGACGGGCUGGCAGGACCCCUCGGAUGUGCGCACUGACAGGAGCGAGCAGAGCGGUGAACAGAUGUCCAGGAGGGGGCCCCGGGGGCCCCGCGUUCUCAGCCGCGCUAGGCUCUUCACCACAGCUUUUAUACCUUUUGUACUUUUAUACAUGGAUUGCCCCCCACUUCUGUGGGGAGGGCAGUGAGACGUCAGCACAGACUCAAUGGCCCCUGCUCUUCCUGGUGACGUUUGGGAGGUUCUUACGCCAAAGGGGAAGGGCAAGGAGUUCAUAAAAGCUCUGCUGGAAGAAACUUCUGGAAAAAAAAGUUCUGGCUGUCCUGUAGUGGCUGAGCUGGCUGAAAUGACAGGGAGCCCCUCCUGGCUGCUUCCACGCCAAGGGGGCACUUGCCUUCACAGGAACCGGCCCAGGGUGAGCACGGCGAAGGAGCAGUGGGACUCCUCCCAUGGCCCUCACUGCCCUCGUCCUGCCCUCCUCUGCAGCAGGGUGUCCGGUUGUCCGUGCUGCUGGGCAUCCUUGGUCUGAGCAGAGGCGCCUCCAAACCCUGGGCCCCCUAACCCUGGCUGACCCGCAGCGCAGGCUCCCAAGUGCAGGUGUCUGGUCAGAUGGCUGCCCCCAGCGGACGGCCCUCGCACACCCCAACAGCGUUUCCGCCCCUGGCCAUCUCCCCACACAGCCUGUUCCCUGCCGUGUCUCCUUUCUCGGGGAGAGGCCCCGUGUGCCCCCAGCCCUUCUGUCCCUCCCGGCCAGUCUCCCCACUGGCGACAGCCCCAUCCUCUUCCUCCCUGUGACAGCUCAGGCCUCCUCUCUCCUCUGCUUUCCGAAGCUGGGCUCCUCGGUCCCCCACCUCCCCAGUUGGUCCCCUGCCGUUCUCUCCCCUGUCCGAGAGCGGCCUUCCCAAAGCACCGUUCUCAUCCUGAUACCGUUGUGCGAAGAACGCCUCAGUUCCAGAAUCGAGAGGAGUUCAAAAGCCUUAGGCAGCACCCAUGGCCCUUCCGAUCUCCGGCCUCACGAACCCUCACGAAAGCCUGUGCCGCUGCCUUUCCUUCCCCGUGAGGUGUCGUUUUCCCCCUGGUCCCCCUCUCAAGGCCGAGUUGCGCCUGUCCAGAGCCAGCAAGCCACACGGCUUCUUUCAGGAAGCCUUCGCUGAUGCGUCGGAGUUUCCUGUGUCCCACUGUGCCGUCAGCCCUUGAGCCGGAGCCCUCCUAGCUCCCCUGCUGGGUGUCUUUCUCCCUCACACAGCCACCCUCAGCACGAAGGCACCGAGCACCUGCUGUGGGUGCACUCCUGUACCGCCGGAGUAAGAGCCAGCCCUGGUCCCCAAACUGCUCAGGGACUCCAAGCAGGCCACCGUGCCGUGCUCCAGCCACCCACCCCUUCUUAUGUGCAGGUUAAGCAUGUUCCAUGCCAGGCUGAGGGCUGGAGGUCUAGGCACGAAUGUCAAGGUGCUUGUCUGAGGGUGCUGAUGCUCUAGUGGGGGUUACAUCUCUGUUCUAAGCUGAAAGGUACAGAUGCUCCAGUAGAAACUACUUGUCCUUUUUUAUUUUUUUUUUUAUUUUUAUUUUUUUUUAUUUGUGAGAGAGAGAAUGAGAGAGAGCACGAGCGGGAGGAGGGUCAGAGGGAGAAGCAGACUCCCCGCUGAGCAGGGAGCCUGAUGUGGAACUUGAUCCCGGGACUCCAGGAUCAUGACCUGAGCCGAAGGCAGUCGCUUAACCAACUGAGCCAUUCAGGCACCCUACUUGUGUCCUUUUUAAUGGAGAGCCGGGGGAGCGGCCGGAAAAGACUUCGAGGAAGAGGUGCUCCCUGGAUUUCAGACAUGACUCGGUUCCCGAGUGUGCCAGAGGGGAAAGGUGUGGUAAGCUCUGUGUUGGAGGAAAGUACGAGGGUGGGCUCUUACUCAUCAUACUGUGCCCAGCGGAGUAGCUUCUCCAAGUAGGGAUCUGCUGAGGGUGCGCUGAACACACGCAUGGGUGAAGGCUCGCAGCCCCUCCCCCCCACACCCCGCACCCAUCGCACCCCUACCCACCCUCUGUGAGACCAUCCCCAGGCAGGGCACAGCUGCACUCUGGUGAGUUCUCUAGAGCCAUCUCACCCUCUCCUGCCCCCCCCCCACACACGCAUGCACACACGCACAUCCAGUGACACCGUUGGAGGCAAUGCUAACAAUGCCAGUUUUUGCAGAAAGGAAAGGACUUGGACUUAAGCACCCAGGUCUGAAGCCCAGCUUUUGCUGCCUCCUGUUGUAUUGGAAGGACCUGAAGAUAAUAACUUAGAGCCUCACCUUCCUCAUCUGUCACUCGGGAGAACAUCAUCCCCACGGAAUCUCAGCUUGUUGUGAGAAUGAUGCGAACUAAAGUGCAGGACAAGUUCUACCCACCCCUGGGCAACGGAGCAGCACGUCAGCCUGGCCGCAGACGGCCAGGGCUGGGAGGUCACUUGGAUCACUUGGGCUUAGCAAUGGCAAGGAUUUCAGGAAUAACUCCUGGAGCCUCAUCUCAUUUGCAGUUCAGAAGCUUCUGUGCUAACCACCCCACCCGCCACACCAGAACGGGGCCUGGCAUUUAGAAGAUGCUGAGAAAACCAGGGCCCUUGCCUCCAUCUGUUGUGCAAAGCACAGGGAGUCUAGCAUGGCUGAAGCCUGCCUACCGUACGGAUUUACUACUCCCUAAUACCUUUCAACACCGUUCCUACUUCAAGGGUCUCCUACCAAAGAAGGAAGAGAGCACAUGGAGGGUGCCUGGGCCCUCUAGUAAGUCUGACCUUAAAAACAACACUCUGGAGAGGGCAGUUCAAGAGAGAUUACUGGGAGUUGAUAUGACCCCAGUUGGAUCCUUCUGGAAUUCUGCCCCUGCACUUUUGCCAGUUCUGACCUCCCUUGGACACACACAAGACUAUUCACAUGUAGGGCUGGCCUAGCAGAUUCCCCACAGAGCCACAUCUCCUGAGCUGUCUGCUUUGUGCUGAA